UGCAGCCCGGCUUUUGUGUCUCGCGUCUCCUGCCCAUGCCGCGUCCAGCCACCUCCCACGGUGGCCGCUGCUGAGGCUCCCUCCGGGGACCGAGGGGACGAGGACCGGCACCGCUGCCGCGCGGGGUGCAGGCGGGACUAUGGGAAACGGGAUGUGCUCCCGAAAACAGAAGAGGAUCUUCCAGACCCUGCUGCUGCUCACCGUGGUCUUCGGCUUCCUCUAUGGCGCGAUGCUCUACUACGAGCUGCAGACGCAGCUGCGCAAAGCCGAGGCGGUGGCGCUCAAGUACCAGCAGCAUCAGGACUCGCUCUCCGCCCAGCUGCAAGUUGUCUAUGAGCACAGAUCAAGACUAGAGAAAUCUUUGCAAAAGGAAAGACUUGAACACAAGAAAGCAAAAGAAGAUUUUCUGGUUUAUAAAUUAGAAGCACAAGAAACGCUAAACAAAGGAAGGCAAGAUUCUAAUAGCAGAUACAGUGCAUUGAACGUCCAACAUCAGAUGUUGAAAAGUCAACAUGAGGAGCUGAAGAAACAGCACAGUGACUUGGAGGAGGAACAUCGCAAGCAAGGGGAAGACUUCAGCAGAACAUUCAGUGACCAUAAACAGAGAUACUUGCAGCUUCAACAAGAAAAGGAACAAGAACUUUCUAAGCUAAAAGAGACUGUAUAUAAUUUGAGAGAAGAGAAUAGACAGCUAAGGAAAGCACACCAGGACAUUCACACACAGCUUCAGGAUGUCAAGCAACAGCAUAAGAACUUACUCUCCGAGCAUGAACAGCUUGUAGUGACUUUGGAAGACCACAAGAGUGCACUGGCUGCCGCACAGACUCAAGUUGCGGAAUACAAACAGCUAAAAGAUACUCUGAACAGGAUUCCAAGCUUUCGAAAUCAUGACCCAGCAGAGCUGCAAAAUGUCACCUUUACCCAGGGGACACAUUCUCCACAAGGUCACAGCAUAGUAAGAAAGAAACCAACAGGAGCUCUCCAAGAGGUGUCUCAAAAUAAUGAGGUGUGGCAGAACCAUGAGGCAGCUCCUGCAAGAACAGAGGAAGUGAAACCUUUUCCUUCCCUUCAGAAGGAGGCAGAAUUCCAGGCUCCUGCAGAACAGAACCAACAAGUGGAAGCCAGAAGGCCGGAAGAGCAUCAGGUAGAAGACGAACACAGGAAAGCUCUAGAAGAGGAGGAAAUGGAGCAGGUGGGGCAGGCAGAACACCUGGUAGAGGAACAUGAUCCAUCCCCAGAGGAGCAGGACCGGGAGUGGCAAGAUCAGCCGGGAGAGAAGGAAGCAGCCCACCUUCUGGAUGGCCAUGCUCAUGCUGAGGUGGACCGUUCAAACAAACCACUUAUGAAACUCCGAUCCCCAUAUGAGGAGCAGCUGGAACAGCAGAGGCUGGCGGCGAGGAGGGAUGAGGAAGCCCAGCGACUGCGAGAGCACCAGGAAGCCUUGCACCAAGAGAGGCUACAGGGACACUUGUUACGACAGCAGCAGCAGCAGCAGCUUCUGGAUAGAGAGAUGGCCCAGAAGAGACAGGCGGGGCAUGAGGAAGACCAGCAGCAGCGAGAAGAGCAGCUACGGCAGCAAGUUCAUUACAAUGCCCUGGAGAAUGAUGCCAUUCAGGGAGCUGAGGACCAGGGAAUCCCAGAAGAGGAAGGAGGUGCCUAUGAAAGAGAUAAUAGGCACCAAGACGAAGCCGAAGGAGACCCAGGCAAUGGACAUGAGCCUCACGAACCAGAGCCCCAGGAAGCCGAUCCAGAAGCUGAGGCAGAUAGGGCAGCUGUGGAGGACAUAAACCCAGCAGAUGACCCCAACAAUCAAGGUGAAGAUGAAUUUGAGGAGGCUGAGCAAGUGAGAGAAGAAAAUUUGCCUGAUGAAAAUGAAGAACAAAGGCAGAGUGAUCAAAAUCAAGAGAAGGCAGAAGUGGAGGAGCGCCUGGUGAUGGCAGGAAAUCCAGACCAGCAGGAAGAUAAUGUUGAUGAGCAGUACCAAGAAGAGGGAGAAGAGGAGGUUCAAGAAGAUUUGACGGAGGAGAAGAGAAGAGAGCUGGAGCAUAAUGCUGAAGAGACCUAUGGAGAGAACGAUGAAAAC